UGACCAUGAGUGUAACUGUGCAGGGGAGGUGGGCAGUUCCGAUACAAGUUGUGAAAGGUUUGUUACAGCUGAUCUCAUAACGUUUUAAAAUGAGCUCUUCUGACAUGAAGAUAAUUACUGUGAUCGGCAGUGGGCUGAUAGGCCGCUCCUGGACCAUGGUGUUCAUCAGUGGAGGCUACAAAGUGAAGAUGUAUGACAACCAACCAGGACAGGCUGGCAAGGCUCUCACAGAGAUCAGGAAGCAGCUGGGGGACCUGGAGGAAGCCUGUAUGCUGAGAGGAGAGCUGAGCGCCACGCAGCAGCUCGCCCUGGUCAGCACGUACGAUGACCUGGCUCAGGCGUUGGAGGGAGCCUUCUUUGUUCAGGAGUGUGUAUUUGAGCAGCUUGAAGUCAAGCAGAACAUCUUCCAAGACAUCGAGCGUCUUGUGGGAAAAGACGUCAUCCUGAGCAGCUCCACUUCCUGUCUGGUGCCAAGCAACGUCUUCUCUAAAGUAGGGAACAGGAGUCGCUGCCUCAUCUCCCAUCCGGUAAACCCACCUUACUAUGUCAAACUGGUGGAGCUGGUACCUCACCCAGAGACGGCAGCAACCGUUAUGGACACCACCCACUCCCUAAUGACCAAGGUCAGCCAGGUGCCCGUCUGUCUAAAGAGAGAGAUUGAUGGCUUCGCCAUCAACAGAGUGCAAGCCGCCAUCAUUGCAGAGUCUUGGAGGCUGGUCCAGGAUGGUGUUAUCUCUGUCAAGGACAUUGACCUGGUGAUGUCAGAGGGGCUAGGAAUGCGUUAUGCCUUCAUAGGUCCCAUGGAAACAAUGCACCUCAAUGCACCUGCAGGUUUGGAGGACUAUAUGAAACGGUAUGGAGAGGGCAUAACGAGGGUCCUGAACUCUUUUGGGACUGUACCAAACUUCUCCAGCAGUGAGGCAGCCAAGAGAAUCGUAAAUGAGAUGUGUGAGCUGAUUCCCAGCAACCCGCAGCAUCUGUCUGCCAGGAUGGAGAGGAGGGACCAGCUCCUCAUGGGUCUGGCCAAGCUGAAGAAGGAGCACUAAGAUCAGCAUGCAGGGCCCAAAGUCAAGAAAACGUCUGAUUAUGAUUGAAAAAAUAAUCUAUGAAAUUUGGUAGAUGGACAGGAAUUAAGUAGACAGACAUGUCAUUUGAUAAGAAUUUAAAGCAGCUGUAUACAUUGAGAGCAUAUCUAUGAGUCAGAGUCCAGGCUGGAGUUGUCUGCACGCGGUUGUCAACAUGGAGGUGGCGAACAGCACUAACAACUGCAACAGUGCUGACAGAGCUAAUGGUGUUAACCGGGGGGAACCAGAGGGUGGGCGCUAUGUUUCCGCAACAACAAAGGUCGGCCUCAAUGGAUCAGGAAGGUAUUAUCAACAGUACAGCGGUGGCGAGUGGUGGUUAGCUAGCCAGAGGGAUUCACACUCAGGGACUCACAUGCCUUAACAUGUAGGUGCCACUGGACCAUCUGCCACAGGGUCGGCAACCUUUUUAAAAAGACCACCAAACGUGGUAUAUGAUUCACAUCCAUACUCUCAUCAAGUGCGAUGUUAAAGCUGCAGACUUUCCCUGCGUGUGUGUCCCCUCUCAUGAGUUUAUUCUUUUCCUUGCCAGCAGUUUGUGGAGUUUGAGUUAUGGAGUAGAAAAGUCUUGUUGUUUUAUUGGGAGCCAGAAUAGAAGGAGUCAUGACUCAAAACUUAAAUUUUAUUGCACACCAGCAGGCACUGCCCAUCAACAAAAACAAAGACAGCUAUAGGUAAAUGCAAUGAGACUAAAGGCCCAAACGGUACAUUCCCACACCACUCACAUCAUCUUCCUUCACUGUCUUAAACAAGCCAAAAUAACUCACUAGCUAGCGCUGGCUAAUGUCUGUUGAGAAUUGUUUUGCCUCCAGCUAAGCCCCGCUCACCAAAAAAAUGCCGUACUGUUUACUAACAGUAAAAGGGUCUAUAGCUCAGUUGAUCCGAUCUGAUCAGAUUAGAUCAAUGGAUGAGAGGAACGGCUGCUGCGUUGAGUGAAAGGAAACUUUCAGACCCAGCACAAUGAACGGCUAAGUUACACCUUCACUGCCCCCAGCGUCCUGCUGCUCCGUCUGUCCCCAAAGUACAUGUACAAUGAUAAUGGAAAAAUAGGUGAUAUAAAUCCCAACGUGUGGGAAAACCUCCAGCUGAACAUUUCAACAAACUCUCCAGCAAACUUAUUGCUAGUGUGCUAUUCGUUAAGCCACAGCGUGCCAGCGGUGGCACACGUGCCCCAGGUUGCUGACCCCUGUAGAGUCCACCACAACCACGGACAGAGAAGCUCAGAUCACACACAGAAGGAGCGUGACUCAACCAUUUGGUCAGGACGCCAUUACUCACAUAACAAACUGUUAUCUACUGCUGUAUUAAUGCUCUGAAUGUCUCCUACAGAACCUUUAAAUAUUAAGAAUGAUUAAACAAAUGAAAAUGAAAAUUUGUGCUCUCAAGGUGCCUCUUUAUGGAGAUUAUAUUUUAUCUUUUUGUCUACAACUUGAUCUUAAGACUAAUAUUUUUGAAAUAAAGGGACUGGAUUAAAGGAAAUUAUCUCAUCAGGUGUUACACAACACAUACUGGUUUCCUGUGUGAAUUAAUUAAGUGAAAAAAUGUAUUAUGUUUGAAUAAUAAAACUAUGGAAUCUUA